AUGUUAUUUACCCAAUAUCAAUACCUUGUAGAAAACGGAGCCACCUUUCAUCAACCAGAUAAUACAGAGAGUAUAAAUAAGCUGAAGGUACUUUUCAAUCGCAUCAGUUUGCAACGCAAUGCAGAAGGUGGCAGUGAAACUAAUUUUCUCCUGGUUCAUUUGAGCCUUGGAUGGACAAGUGACAGAUACAACGUCGUUGUGAGUCCUGGAAAUCCUUUAAACAUGGCCCUUGAUUCGACUCCUUUUAUCAAAAUCAACGAUGGUUACUAUUACUUUGGAGCGGAGAAAGUGAAUUGGUACAUUGCAUAUGAGAAUUGCAGAAAAUUGGGUGCUGUGGUGACCUUUGAGACCCCCGAGGAGUUUGAUGCCAUUUCUGGAUACUUGAAAAAUAAAGGAGAGCGUUCAGAUCAUUGGACUUCUGGCAAUGAUCUUGGAAAAACUGGAACACACCUUUGGUUUUCCAAUGCUCAGCCUAUAGACAUCCAAAAAUGGGCUCCCAGGCAACCCGAUAAUUCUGGAGGAAGGGAACAUUGUAUACAUUUGGGUUACAUCUACAAGGAUUCCACGGACAUUCAGCUUAACGAUCGUCCUUGCAGUAACGAUGGAAAUAGUCUUUUUAAGUGUUGCGAAGCUCCUAAACAAGAAACCAUUUCAAUUCUUGUAUGGAAAUAGAGUGCUUAUUUUAUAAAGCAUUUAAUAAAAGUGUAUAGUUUGUUUAAACAAA